GCCGAAGUGUAGACAAGUGGUCGGCCUUCGACUCCGUACUCGUCACUCUCGCGUUAUCAGUGGUUUCAGGGCCAAACAAACAAGAAAAUUUAGGUUACAGUAUUUUUAAAGAAGACUAUUGUUUGUCUAUUUUCUGUAGAAAUAUGUUAUACGCAAGCUGUUUCACGUUUAGUUUGCAUUUAAGUAAAGGAAACGCCGUCUGUGUAGAGAGGAAUAUUAUAUUUUUUAUAUAUUGUAUUAACGUAUUCCGCGACUUCAUAACAACUGCUGUGAUAACGAGCGCAAAUUCCAGAUCGAAAUGACGUCCACAGUUUCCUCGUUGUUUGCAAGAAUAAUGAUCUUAGUUGUAUUGUUUCCGGAGAUCAAGGCUGAGGGUGAAUGUGACCACUUGAAAACAAUUGAGGUCACUGUGAAGGAUGGUACUUUAAGGGGUACAAGCUUGACCUCUGAGAAAGGGAGACCAUUCUGUGUCUUUCUGGGUAUUCCUUAUGCCCAACCCCCAGUCGGAAACCUACGCUUUAAGCCUCCUCAGCCAGUUAUACCAUGGCAAGGUGUCCUCAGUUCUACAAAGGAUGCAGCUGACUGUAUGCAACCACCACCUCCUUUUACACAGAUUAAUGUAUCUGAGGAUUGUUUGUACCUCAACGUUUACACCCCUAAGCUGAAGACUUUGAAUGGAACUUUGCUGCCUGUGAUAGUAUUCAUUAGUGGAGGUGCUUUCUAUAUGUCUUCAGGCAGUAUCAAUACUUACAAACCUCAACUCUUCAUGGAUAAAGACGUCUUGCUAGUGACAUUUAACUACAGAGUGUCAGCUUUUGGUUUUCUGAGCACUGGUGAUGAUGAAUCUCCUGGUAACUAUGGAAUGAAGGAUCAGGUGGCAGUAUUGCGGUGGGUCCAUGACAACAUAAAAGAGUUUGGUGGAGAUCCAAACAGUGUCACAAUCAUGGGUCAAAGUGCUGGUAGUGCUUCAGUUCAUUACCAUAUGCUGUCUCCUACGACGAGGGGACUGUUUCAUAAUGCUAUUUCAAUGGAUGGGACACUUAUUUCACCAUGGGCUAGAAGUGAUAAUCCAGAGAAAAUUGCAAAGAAGUUGGCUAGACUUGUGAAUUGUCCUACAGAACCAUCAGCUGAUCUGGUAGAGUGCUUACGGCAACGUCCAGCUACAGAUCUUACUGAUACGAUCUAUAAACUAUGUCUAUUCUUUAUCUUGGUAACUCCUGGAUAUGCGCCAGUGGUGGAGAAACAUUCAGAACGGAACUUAGAGCCUUAUCUCACACAGGAUCCACUUCAGUUGAUUCUAAAUGGCAGUUUCCAGCAGGUGCCUUGGCUAAUGGGUAGCAAUUCUCAGUCCAGUGUGUUCUUCUUUGUAACGAUUUUAAACAACCCUAUGCUGCUCAACCAACUAAAUGAGAACUUUGAAUUCAUAUUGCCAAACAUGAUGCUGCCUGAGAGUAUGGAACCCGAACAGAAACAGCUUUCGUUGCAAGGGAUUUUUGAUUUCUAUGGGCUUGAUCACCACAAGUUACGUGUAGAGCAAGAGAUGCAGUUUAUAGAUAUGACCACAGAUCGCUUCUUCAUGCAUGGAACGAACAAAGCAGCCCUACUUCAUGGCCUGGCAGGUCACAGGUCCAUUUAUAAAUACAAUUUUGCAUACAGGGGCCUGUUUUCAACAUCACUGUGUGCAUCACUGAAAAAUUAUGGAGUAAGUCAUUCGGAUGAAUUGAGAUACCUGUUCCAGUGGUGGCCUUUCAACAUCAAACUGCCUUACAGUUCUGAAGAUCUGGAGGUCAGAGACCUCCUCCUCACACUAUGGACAAAUUUUGCAAAAUUUGGAAACCCCACUCCUUCCAAAUCAGUGAAUGCCAGUGACAGCAGCAGUCUAUUGGAGAACCUAGUAUGGCAUCCAAUAGGAGAUAUCAGUGCAGAUAACCAUCAUGUGCGCUACCUCAACAUUGGACAAGUAGAUGCAUUCCCUAUUGAUUCUCUCUUCCUGAACGAAAAUCUGGGACCUGUCAAACUGAACAUGGCUGAGGACUUGCUCAAGAAUCGCACUGAAUUUUGGGACUCCUUACCCUUAAGUGAAAAUGUUCCAUGUUCUAUUUGUUAGAAAACACAAAGUUGAAGCAGUUCAUGCUGCAACUUACUUGCAUGUGUAAUUAUAUGGAACUGGUUGUGAAGUAAGGAGUGUCAUUUGUAAUUGCUUACAAUAUUUGACCCAAUCUUUGUAGAGAAUAGGAAAAUUAUAGGUAUAAAAUAAUUCUUA